AUGGUAUUAGUCGCAGGCAACAUCUCGUUAGCUAGUAAAAUUAUCCUUAUUCCGACGCUAUCCAUUACUUUCAUCUAUGGAACCAUUGGCAAUAUUCUAGUCUGCAUGGCAAUCUUUAAGAACCAUAAUAUGAAAACAGCAACCAAUGGUUUUAUACUCUCUUUAGCAAUUGCCGAUCUUGCAGUUUGUACAAUCACAGUGCCAUUAGCGCUAUUUAGCCUAUUUCAGGAUCCACGUCCAUUGGCUGCUCUUGUAGCUGGCGAAGUAGCGUUGUCAGCGGUAUCUUGCUCUCUACUGCAGUUAGCCAUUAUUAGUGUAGAUCGCUAUCGUGGCAUAGUACAUCCUGAAAAAGCACGCUUGCAGUGGUCCCAAGUUAAAUAUAUCAUACCACCGCUGUGGAUAUUUGCCAUU